AAAGCCACAUCACUCAGUAAUCAUGGCGCCGGCCAAAAAACGCAACGUGAUUUCGGCAACCACUACUGAACAAAACGUUAAAAAAGCUAAAAUUGAUGUGAACAGCAAAGUCGAGGGAGUACUUGAGAGCAGAAAACACGCGAACGAUGUCUUUGACAUUCUCGAGGUUCUUCAGUCGGAAAAAGAGAAGAAUGUUAUCACCGCCAUCAGUGCCUGCAGCAAAUUGUUUUGCAGCAUGUUGGAGAGAAAGGACCUGUUCAUGGGAAAACUACCCGAAGAAGAAGAGGCAUUGAGUGGAGGAUAUAGUCCAGAGCAGAAAUAUGGGAUUUUUAUGCGCCACCGUUACAAUGGUUGUGUUGAGAUGCUGCUCCAGCUCCUCUGCCAUAAACUUUAUGAUGUCAAGGAGAGUGCCCUGUCCUGCCUAAUGAAGUUUGCUGCGACAGAAGGACAACAUCCCCUGGAGGACUUAGACUGGAGUGAACACUACAGCUUUCCAAGAGAACUUAUACAGGUGGUGGUAGACAGACUACUUUCUAAAACAGAAGACAACUCCCUGCUGUUCUCCAGGUUCCAGGAGUUCCUUGAAAUGGAAGAUGUACGCUUUUAUGUUAUGACCUCUGUCCGUGACAGUGUUGGCAAGGUCAUGGAGAAAAACAAAGGGGCGUUGUUGCCAGUGUAUCAGAACAAUGUGUUCACCCUCAUAUCCAACAUCAAUAUGCCAAGCCAGGACUCGGAGCUCACCAACUUUAUGGUCAAACAAGAAGCAAAACAUGAGGAUUGGAAAGCUGCUAAACUGACUGAACACAAGCGAGUCUUUGAGAGGAUGUGGCUUGGCUUCCUCAAAUAUCAGUUGCCAGGCAACAUGUAUAAAAAGGUCUUGGUGAUCCUGCAUGACUCCAUCUUGCCCCACAUGAGUAAACCCACACUGAUGAUUGACUUCCUGACAGCUGCCUAUGAAGUUGGUGGAGCCAUCAGUCUGCUUGCCCUCAAUGGCUUAUUCGUUCUCAUACAUCAACACAACUUAGAUUACCCUGAUUUCUACAAGAAGUUAUAUAAUCUACUUGAGCCUUCAGUUUUUCAUGUGAAGUACAGGGCACGGUUCUUCCACUUAGCCAACAUAUUUCUUAGCUCAAGUCAUUUGCCAGUGUACCUCGUGGCUGCAUUUGCCAAACGCUUGGCUCACUUGGCUCUCACAGCACCACCCACAGCCCUCCUCAUAGUGCUGCCCUUCAUCUACAACUUGAUCCGUCGUCACCCGUCCUGCAGAGUCCUCAUUCACAGGCCCAGCGCAGAUGGUGAGCCUUUGGAGGACCCUUAUGUGAUGGAUGAAGAGGAUCCUUCUCAGUGUCGUGCCUUAGAAAGCAGCUUGUGGGAAAUAAAGACUCUGCAGAAACAUUAUCACCCAGAUGUGGCUAAAGCUGCUAUGUUGAUCAACACACCUUUGUCAGAACAGGAGGAUGACAUAGACGAGAUGCUGGAAAUAACAAAUUUUGAGCUGAUGGAACGGGACUUGAAGCCACCUCAGACCAAGAGCAUCCCACUGGAGUUUGAACCAGCCACACAGUUACUAAAAGGAGGGGGAGAUGUGUUAGGACAACACUUCUGUCUGGAUUAAAACCUGUGGAAAAGAUUGGAAUACAUCCACAAUGUGUUGCAAUCCUUGGGACCACUUUACCUGUCUGUGUGAACUCUACUUAAAACAAAGAAACACCAAUUUAAGAUUGAGAUUUAUACUUUUUGAUACCAUCUGCAGUUAAUCAAAUUAUUUGGAUCCAAAUUAUGUUGAUAUAUUUUGCUGUGUGAUUGCUUUGCAAGAUUAAAAACUUUACAUUGUACAAGUGUCUAAGCUUGGUCUUAACUGCUUGUACAUCUUUAAGAUGAACUUAAUGUCAUUUGCACUGACUGGUCCAGUCUGAAUAGACACACUUUCAUGUGAAUUCUGCUGUUUCUGGAAUUACAUUCUGACAAAUGGACUCAUUA